GGGAGGGAGGUGGCGGGGGCGGGCGGUCAGGUGAUGCGGGCGCCAUCAUGUGAGGGGCCGGGCCGGGCCGGGCCGAGGGCGGCCGGGGGGAGGUGCGCUGUGCUCUGUGUCCCGGCGGCGGCCAUGGGGGUGCCGGUGCUGAGCGGGCUGGCCCUGGCCCUGGCCCUGGCCCUGGCCCUGCCGCUGGCCUCCGUGGCCCUGGAAAACGGGCUGGCGCUGACGCCCCCCAUGGGCUGGCUGGCCUGGGAGAGGUUCCGCUGCAACGUGGACUGCCGGACAGACCCGCGCCACUGCAUCAGUGAGAUGCUCUUCUUCGAGAUGGCAGACCGCCUGGCGGAGGACGGCUGGAGGGAGCUGGGCUACAAGUACAUCAACAUUGACGACUGCUGGUCUGCCAAGCAGCGCGACGCGGCGGGACGGCUGGUGGCAGACCCUGAGAGGUUCCCCAGGGGGAUUAAGGCUCUGGCUGACUAUGUCCAUGCCCGGGGGCUGAAGCUGGGCAUUUACGGUGACCUGGGCACCCUCACCUGCGGGGGCUACCCAGGCACCACACUGGACCGUGUGGAGCAGGAUGCCCAGACCUUUGCGGAGUGGGGUGUGGACAUGCUGAAGCUGGAUGGGUGCUACUCGUCAGGAGAGGAGCAGGCAGAGGGCUACCCAGAAAUGGCAAGGGCCUUGAACGCCACAGGCCGUCCCAUCGUCUACUCCUGCAGCUGGCCAGCAUAUCAGGGGGGGCUCCCCCCCAAGGUGAACUACACCAUCCUAGCAGAGGUCUGCAACCUGUGGCGUAACUAUGAUGACAUCCAGGACUCCUGGGACAGUGUACUUUCCAUCUUGGACUGGUUCUCUGCAAACCAGGAUGUGCUGCAGCCAGCAGCUGGCCCUGGUCACUGGAAUGACCCAGACAUGCUCAUCAUUGGAAACUUUGGCCUUAGCUAUGAGCAGUCACGCUCCCAAAUGGCAUUGUGGACAGUGAUGGCAGCUCCGCUCCUCAUGUCCACAGAUCUCCGCACCAUCUCCCUGAGCGCCAAGGAGAUCCUGCAGAACCGCCUCAUGAUCCAGAUCAACCAAGACCCCCUGGGAAUCCAGGGGCGCAGGAUUGUCAAGGAGAAAUCCCACAUUGAGGUGUUCCUGCGCCCGCUGUCCAAGGGUGCCAGUGCCCUCGUCUUCUUCAGCCGGAGGACAGAUAUGCCCUUCCCCUACACCACCAGCCUGGCCAAGCUCCACUUCCCUGAAGAUGCUGUGUAUGAGGUACAAGAUGUGUUCAGCGGGAAAAUCAUCAGUGGCUUAAAGACGGGAGACAACUUCUCGGUCAUUAUUGACCCCUCAGGGGUAGUGAUGUGGUAUCUCUAUCCCACGGCACUCCCGGGGCAGCCCUGGCAUGUUGUCAGACAGCAAGCCCCCGGCGAGGGCUUCCCCCCGGUCCUCCUGUGACGAGGCUCAGUGGAUGGGGGGGUGCAGGUCAGUGCCAGGGUGAACUGCGAGACCCUGGGGCACAUGGCUCUUUGCUGCACAAGUGCCUUUCGCUGACAUGCCCAGCAGUGCUGCAGGAGGGACCAUGUCCCUGGUAACCAGCCUGAUCAUGUCUGCUCCGUCUCUGUAAAGCAGGAAUUCUUGUUACCCACCUCCUAAGAGUGUGUAGAGCAUAAUUCCUCUGUGAUUUCCUGUGGAAGACACCAUACAAGCAGAGUCCAGCAUGGAGCCUGUCAGCUCUGACACCCGAGAACUUCACUGCUUUGAGCUGGGUACCACUGACUGCUGCAGGGGCUCUUUAAGCUAUACCUGUAGAAAGGCUCUGCGUGCUUUAAUAUCUUCCAGGGUAGUAACACCCCCCACCCCACCCCGCAAUGUGUGAUGGCGUUGGCUGCAAGCAUCAGACCUGGUCAUCUUCUUUCCUUCACUACAAUUAGCUUGGCUUAGCAUAAGGGGCUGUCAAUAGGGCUGCACCCUCCCCCUGUACCCUCCCUGGGACCAAAAGCUCUUGGAGGCAUGAUGGUCCUGCGCAGAGGCUUUGCUUGCAGGCCUGAUCCUGCUGCCAGCAUCCUGGAGGCCAGCACUACAGCAGCCUAGCAUCCACACUAGCAUUGUGUUAAAGCCACUCUGGUAUCAGUUUACAAGAGCAAAAACCUCCACUGGUCAUGCUCAACCCCAGCAGUCUUGCUGUGGCAGAGCAUCAAAACCUGCAGAACCAUAGCACAUUGUGCAGGAAUGGUGUUGGGAAGAUGCAGAUACUCAGGUGAGGUAAUUUUCUGAGUUGGGAGCUGGUCACAUGUACCUCUGAGCUGCAAGUUGGAUCCUGGUCUUACUCUAGCAGGGAAUUCCAGCUAAAAGGGGGCUCGGGCCCUCCUCCAGCAGGCUGAGCACUCAGGGUUUCUCAGGGAAAGGCUCCUCCUUCUCCCAAGGGCAGCUACACACACAGGUCCACCCUGAGGAGGAGCCUGCACUACUAAACUGGAAGUGAGUGGUGGGACAGACUCUAAAGCCCUCAACCGCUUCACCUUUGUACAGCGCACACCCUAUGGAGGAGUUUCAGGUGAGGUAUGGCCUACCCCAGCUAUCCUGGAAAGGGGUGCAGCACGCAUGAAGACUGCCUCUUAAGACUGCCCAGGGAGAGAGCUGGACACAACAUUAUGUCCCAGACUGGAGAAACAAAUUUUAGAUUAGACAAGAAAGUUUCCCCUUUCUAUUCAGAUGCUGGAGGGUUCCUGACCAUCCGUUCACUCUAGUUCCUGCAUGACCAAAUGGCUGAUUCUGGCCACUUCCAGAAACAUUCUCAAAUUGCAGCAGCAAGAUACUGAAUAUGAUGCUUGCAGUGCUAACGAAGGAUGAGUGCACUUCAUGUCUGUAUACAGGAGCUGGCUUUGUUCCUGGGAAAUGACUGAGACAAACUAAUUGAAAUAAAGGGGAAGCAGUCACAGUC